AUGAUCAAAAAACUAAAGGUUGUUGACGAUGCCAUCACUACCCAUGAAGCUGAAGCUGAAGCUGAAGCUGAGGUUGUUGAUGACAUCGUCAGAGCUGAUGCUGAAGCUCAUGAUGAGGACCUUCCUAUCACCCCUGCAGCUGAUGAUGGUGAUGAGAAAGGUGAAGGUAAAUAUGAUGAAGACAAAGAUGACGAUGAUUCUCCAUCACUUCCCAACGCUGGAAAGGAUCUCGGUGGUGGUGAUGAUGAUGACGACGAUGAUGACGACUUCACGAUUCAAUACCACAAACCUGCCAGCACUCUGAAAAUAAUUGUUUCAUUCCUUGAGAAUGUUGAUACCCUUAGAGAAUCUGAAGGUUUUGAGCCAGAUAAAGCAUCUUUUCUUGCUGCAACUAGGCUUUCAACUUCAUCUGCAACAUAG